CAGUGAGCAGUAUGUGCAGGCGAGGAGUGCAGAGGGUACAACAGUGGGCAGUAUGUGCAGGAGAGGAGUGCAGAGGGUAUGACAGUGGGCAGUAUGUACAGGAGAGGAGUGCGGAGGGUAUGACAGUGGGCAGUAUGUGCAGGAGAGGAGUGUGGAGGGUAUGGCAGUGGGCAGUAUGUACAGGAGAGGAGUGUGGAGGGUAUGAAAGUGGCGGUAUGUGCAGGAGAGGAGUGUGGUGGGUAUGACAGUGGGCAGUAUGUGCAGGAGAGGAGUGUGGUGGGUAUGACAGUGGGCAGUAUGUACAGGAGAGGAGUGUGGUGGGUAUGACAGUGGGCAGUAUGUACAGGAGAGGAGAGUGGUGGGUAUGACAGUGGGCAGUAUGUACAGGAGAGGAGUG